CAAAGACCAUCGAUCGAAUAGAUCCAUUUAUUCCCAAAGGGGUUCUCAAUAGCAUUUCCUGGGAACCCUCAGUUGAGAUAUAUACAUUCAUAUUUCUCCCGACGUUCCACACAAAUGAGACUUCGUUACUAAAACUGGCCGACUCACAGCUUGGCAAUUUACACAGCAGUCGCCUACAACGACCGUCACAUACAAAGCUUCCGACCAUGGUGGGACGCGAAGAAGAGGCCACAGGCCUUUUAGACAACAAUCAUGAGGCCCAAUCACGGCCCUCAGUCGAUUCAAUAUCUUCAGCAUCGACGACUAGCCUAGUGUUUGAACGAAUCGAUGAACAAAACAAGAGCCAAGCCAAGGCAUCGAGGUUACAAGCCCAGAACGGCUCCCGACCCUACAGCGACCAUAUGGACGCGUCCUCAAUAGACCCCGAAGAGGAAAAGCAGCAAGACCUCGAAAAUGGCCUUUUAACGAGCGGCAAGGGAAGCAGCAGAUGGUGCACAAAGCUCGUCUGGAUUGCUGGGGGAAUAUUCGUCGCGGCAUGGGCUCUGGGAACUGUUAUAUUUCUCAUUCAACAUCCCGUAGCCGAUGCCCCUCACAACCCAAAUGCGCCCAAUAUCGGCAACGGAAAUAAAGUGACCCUACCACAGGUUCUUGGCGGGCAGUGGCGCGCGCAAAGGCACGGCAUCAGCUGGAUUGAGGGCGCCAAUGGCGAAGACGGCCUACUUCUUGAGCAAGGUGCGAGUGGCAAGGACUACCUCGUAGUCGACGAUGUGCGCGGGGAUAAUGUGACACAGGGUAGCUCUCCAAUCAGUGUUACGUUGAUGAAGGAAAGAGACUUCACUUCGGGAGGUGAAAGACUUAGCCCGUCGAAAGUCUGGCCAAGCAAGAACCUUAAGCAUGUUCUCAUUGCUACCGACGUCGAGAGCAACUGGAGGCAUUCCUUUUAUGCCCGAUACUGGAUCUUUGAUGUCGAGACUCAAACCGCUCAGCCACUGGACCCGACCAACCUCCGUGGUAGAGUUCAGUUGGCAAGCUGGAGCCCCCAGAGUGAUGCCAUCGUGUUUACAAGAGACAACAACAUGUUCCUUCGGAAACUCUCUUCGCCAAGCGUCAUACCUAUCACAACAGAUGGGAACAAGGACUUGUUCUAUGGUAUUCCCGACUGGGUCUAUGAAGAGGAAGUUUUCUCCGGAAACAGUGCGACUUGGUGGGCUGAAGAUGGGAAAUAUAUUGCAUUCCUCAGGACAAAUGAAUCUCAAGUGCCAGAAUAUCCAGUCCAGUAUUUCAUAAAGAGACCGAGUGGGACGGAUGCCGCCCCUGGAGAGGAGAACUACCCAGAGGUCAGGCAGAUUAAAUACCCAAAGGCUGGGGCCCCGAAUCCAAUAGUCUCUCUCCGGUUUUACGAUAUUGCCAAGGGCGAUGUCUUUGACGUCAAGACCACGGAUGAAUUUGCCGACGACACUCGUCUUAUCACAGAAGUCAUCUGGGCAGGCUCGACAGGAAAAGCAAUCGUCAAGGAGACCAACCGCGAAAGCGACAUUUUACAAGUCGUUUUGGUGGAUGUAUUAAGCCGCUCAGGCAAGACUGUGCGUACUGUCAACGUGGCUGAGAUUGAUGGCGGAUGGUUCGAAGUUUCUCAGAAGACUCGUUACAUUCCAGCAGACCCUUCGAAUGGAAGGGCCCAUGACGGUUAUAUUGACACGAUAAUCCACGAGAAUUAUGAUCACCUCGGCUACUUUACGCCUCUGGAUAAUGCCACGCCAGUUCUACUUACUUCCGGAGACUGGGAGGUUGAGUCGGCUCCAUCAGCUGUGGAUCUGAAGAAGAACCUGGUGUAUUUUAUUUCCACCAAGGAAUCGCCGAUUCAACGGCACAUUUACAGUGUCAAACUAGAUGGAACUGAUCUAAAGCCCCUCACUGAUACUUCAAAAGAGGGGUAUUACGGUGGCUCAUUCUCCAGCGGUGCUGGUUACGUUUUACUUGGCUACGAGGGUCCUGCUAUUCCAUGGCAAAGGGUUAUUAGCACGCCGAGCAAUCCCGACUCUUACGAGAAAAUUGUGGAGGAAAACAAAGGACUGGAAAGGAUGGCCAAGAAGCACGACCUACCCGAAAAUAUAUACUCUAACGUUACAAUUGACGGGUUUAACUUGCAAGUCAUUGAGCGCCGCCCGCCUCAUUUCGACAAAAAUAAGAAGUACCCGGUGCUUUUCCACCUCUAUGGAGGCCCAGGCUCACAGACAGUCAACAAAAAAUUCAACGUCGACUUCCAAGCAUAUGUUGCUGCCAACUUGGGAUAUAUCGUUGUCACAGUUGACGGUCGUGGCACAGGGUUCAUUGGGCGCAAAGCGCGUUGCAUCAUCCGAGGUGACCUGGGACACUGGGAGGCGCGCGAUCAGAUCGAGACUGCAAAGAUCUGGGCUGCGAAGUCUUAUGUCGAUGCGUCUCGCCUUGCUAUAUGGGGAUGGUCAUAUGGUGGAUUCAUGACCCUCAAGACUCUUGAGCAGGACGCCGGCAAGACCUUCCAAUAUGGUAUGGCAGUUGCUCCAGUGACGGACUGGAGGUACUACGAUUCCAUCUAUACGGAGCGAUAUAUGCACACGCCCCAGGAGAACCCAGGGGGGUAUGACAACGCAACCGUCAGCGACGCACUGGCAUUGCAGAAGAAUGUGCGGUUCUUGAUCAUGCACGGUGUUGCGGAUGACAAUGUGCAUAUGCAAAACACAUUGGCACUGCUCGAUCGACUGGAUUUGGCCGGCGUGGAGAACUAUGAUGUCCACGUCUUCCCCGAUAGCGACCAUGGGAUUUAUUUCCACAACGCGAACAAGAUCGUGUACGACAAAUUGAACAACUGGCUUAUCAACGCCUUUAACGGCGAGUGGUUGAGGACGACGAAUGCUGUGCCAAUAGCAGUAGACACUGCUGCUGACAGGGAGAAGGAGUAGGCUUUUGGAACAGGUUGAGCGCUGCCUCAAUGUAGAGGGGCAUAAGGCGUUAUCACGUAUCAUAUAUGUGCGAUAGGAGCUGUAUCAGCAUUCGCGGCGUUUGGAUUGGGACCUUGUAUACUUUUAUUUAUUCACUAUUGCAGAGAUACCAGCUGAAGCAUAUCAAAUGGCCA